GCCAGUUUGUUGUUGGCGUCGUCGGGUUAAAUUUAUUCAGAGAAAAGCAAAAGAAAAACAAUAGAAUAAAUAAUAUGCUCAACAUUAGUAUGUCGAACUAGCGCGGAGUCCUCCGUUCCCUCCGUUGUGGUGUGGUGUAGUGAUCGAUCGAGUUCUCCUACGACGACCGGCCUCCGGCACGGCUUUGCGUCCGCCGGGGCACUCCUCACGAGCGCGGGGGCUCGCCCUUUCCUGAGGGCGAGGCAUCUGAUUUCCCUACUACUCAGCCACGGAAGCAGCGCAUCAUCACGAGAAUGGUGGUCCAUCGAGUAGCCUGGCUGUUGCUAUGCCAUCGGAGUCAGUCACACCUGGUGCCGGUGAGAAAACUUUCGCUCAGUGCACCAAGGUUUCACUGGUGGCCAGUAACCGAGCACGCUUUACGUAAGGAUAGCUCCUCGUGUUCGUCGUCACCGUUUGGCAACAGCAGCAGAAGCAGAACUUUCACCGUGUCACGGUCGGUUGAGCGCAACCAAUCGAAGAAAGAUGAACCAGAACCGAAACCUACCGAAAAGCAGCAGCAGCACACAACCCUCGAGAUUGAGACUAAGAACGGGAAGCUACUGGUGAAGACAACGGUAUCUGAUUCGAAGCUACAAGAAGUCGUGAUCGAGAAACCGAAGAGCGAUGGAACCCUUACUGCAACCGCUGCCCCCCCGGGACUUGUUUCCGCGGGCGCAAUGGAAGCCGGAGCAGCAGCAGCUGGAGCGACCCCCAUCGGCAGCACCGAAGCACCGAAAGUCCUGUUGACCGAGGCGGAUUUAAAGGAACAGCUGGCCGAAAAGAACCGCCAGCUAGCAAAGAAGCGCAUACGGGUGGACUUUUCGCGAUCGUCGCUGGAGCGCAACUUUAUCACGCCCGUCCGGGCCAUGUCCGACUUUUUGCUGAAACCGUCCGAUCUCGAGACGUUGCCGAAAACGAAGCGAAGAUCACCGUACGAGCAGGAACCGGCCAUCACGGUCUACUGGCGCAAGGAUGUGGAAGCGAAAGCGAUCGAUGUGUGGGGCACACGCGAGAACCUGCUGAAGGAGUGCCUGAAGCGAGAGAUCGAGAAGAAAAUGCACCAACAAAACAUAUUCACCGUAAAACGACGGUUGAGAGACUAUCGUCGAGAAAUUGGCAGCCGGACGAAUGUGGUCGAUUCCGAGCCCGGACUGUUUGGGAAAUCGGGCAAAGUAGUCCUGACAGCCGUUGCAAUCAAUGCCACGAACUGUGUGUUCAAGUUCGGUGCCUGGCUGUACACCGGUUCGCACAGUAUGUUCGCCGAAACCAUUCACUCACUAGCGGACACGAUCAAUCAGUUGAUUCUGGCGUACGGCAUUCACAAAUCGACCCAGAUUGCCGAUUCCGACCAUCCGUACGGUUACGCUAACAUGAAGUACGUCUCAUCGUUGAUUUCGGGCGUUGGUAUCUUUUGCGUUGGCACCGGUCUGUCGUUCUAUCACGGUAUUAUGGGUCUGGUCGAUCCGCAUCCGAUCGAUGACUUUUUCUGGGCGUUCUUCAUUCUCGGCGGAUCGCUAGUGUCCGAGGGCGCAACGCUGCUGGUAGCCAUCAACAGUUGCCGAAGCGGUGCGAAGGCGCUUGGUAUGAGCUUCCGGGACUAUGUUGUCCGCGGACAGGAUCCUUGUGUGAACGUUGUACUUACGGAGGAUGCUGCAGCCGUGCUCAGUGUAGCGCUGGCCGCGACCUGCAUGGGACUGUCCACGUACACGGGAUCACCCAUUCCGGAUGCUGUCGGUUCACUGCUGGUCGGUUGCAUGCUCGGUGGUGUCGCUUCCUUUAUUAUCUACACGAAUGUGGCCGCACUGGUGGGACGCUCGAUACGGCAGGAGAAUCUCGACAAAAUUAAUGCCGAACUCGAGGCGGACAUCAUGAUUCGGGCUAUCCAUGACGUCAAGGGUAUCGACAUGGGUAACUCUUUGGUUAGAUACAAGGCCGAGAUGGACUUCGAUGGACGCGAGCUAACGCGCGUGUACCUGGACAAGCAGGACCUGAACACGCUGCUAGAGGAAGUGCGCACCUUCCAGACGAUCGACGAGCUGGAAGCGUUCCUGCUGAAGCACGGCGAAAAUAUCGUCGAUCUGAUGGGUGGCGAAAUCGAUCGGAUCGAGAUGAAGCUGAGGAAAAAAUUCCCCGAGAUAAGACACUGUGAUCUGGAAAUACUGUAAGCUUGUAACAAGUAUGAUUGGCUUCGUGUUUUCUUAACUUCCUUUCUGUUAUAUGCGUUAUUGAACUGAUGGAUUUCGGGGGAGGGACACACGCUGGUCGAAGAAGGAGGACAGAAAUAAAGUUUUUCUUUUUUCGUUUUACCUCAA